CCGACGGAAAUUUUCAAGAAAUGAAUUCAAAAACAGAAAUGAAUUCGUUGGAAACCGUAAUCCGGCUGUGGGAGAACUUCACGGCGCUGCAGGAGGACCCCGCGCUCUCGCCUUGCUACGCCGACCAGCUGCGCCUCGUGUACGACCCCGUCGCCGGCGACUACCGCAACGUGCCCGGCGUCGACACCCGCGUCGUCUCCUUCGGCUCCACCCGCGGCUUCCGCUCCGACGAUCCUGCUCGAAAGUAAGCGA